AUGAUCAGACAUAGCAGGAAUUUGAUAAAACUGCAAUCAGUGAGAUAUGCGUCCACUAAGGGCAAGGAAAACUCUGCCACGGAAAAUUUGAGGCUGGGUUACUUAUCAGACGCACAGAAUGCCUACAUGGAUAGGGUUAUCAGAGUAGACCAAGCAGGGGAGUUGGGUGCAAAUUUCAUAUACAAUGGGCAGUAUUUGGCCCUGUCACAUAAGAGACCGGAUUUAAAACCUAUACUAAAGCAUAUGUGGGAACAGGAGAUCCACCAUCACAAUACUUUCAACAAUCUACAGGUUGAAAGAAGAGUGAGACCGUCGUUGCUAACCCCUCUCUGGAAGGUUGGAGCCAUGGGAUUAGGUAUUGCCACAGGACUGAUGGGGAAAGAGGCUGCUAUGGCUUGCACAGAGGCUGUUGAAACUGUAAUUGGAGGGCAUUACAACCAGCAAUUAAGAGUACUAACUAACCAGUUCCAUGUGGAUGUCGUGAAUGAGGAAACUGGAGUAAAUACUCCGACCGUCCCCGAGGAGAUCAAAGAUAUGCAGAAGUUGGUCAGUCAGUUCAGAGAUGAGGAACUGGAGCACUUAGAUACAGCCGUUGAACAUGAUGCUCACGGUGCUAGGCCCUACUGGUUGCUUACAGAAGCAAUCAAACUGACCUGUCGGGGUGCUAUAUGGACUGCAGAGAGAGUUUAA